AUGGCUCUCCUCGUAGACAAGCAUCGCCCGCGCUCGCUGGAGUCAUUGACGUAUCACCAUGAUUUGUCUGACCGUCUGAGGUCAUUGGCGCAAAGCGGAGACUUCCCGCAUCUUCUGAUCUACGGUCCUUCCGGAGCCGGCAAAAAGACGAGAAUCACAGCAACUCUUCGCGCACUCUACGGCGCUGGUGUAGAGAAAAUCAAGAUCGACAGCCGAGUCUUUCAGACAACGAGCAAUCGCAAGCUCGAGUUCAACAUCGUCUCGUCCAACUACCAUCUCGAGAUAACACCUAGUGAUGUGGGCAACUACGACCGUGUUGUCGUGCAAGACCUUCUCAAGGAGGUUGCUCAGACGCAGCAAGUCGACGUGGCCGCCAAACAACGCUUCAAGGUCGUCGUUAUCAAUGAGGCAGAUCAUCUCACCAGAGAUGCCCAGGCUGCACUGAGAAGAACAAUGGAAAAAUACAGUCCCAACCUGCGCUUGAUACUUCUGGCCAACAGUACGAGCAAUAUCAUUGCUCCCAUACGAAGUCGUACCUUGCUGGUCAGAGUUGCUGCACCAACUGAAGACGAGAUCUGCACAGUCUUGGCUCAGGUCGGAAAGAAGGAGGGCUACACACGCUGCGAGGGUCUGGAAAAGAGAAUUGCCAACGAGAGUUACCGCAACUUGCGCCGUGCUCUGCUCAUGUUCGAGGCUGUCCAUGCUCAGAACGACCAGGUUACAGAGAAGACAGUCAUUCCACCUCCAGAUUGGGAAGCCCUCAUCUCACAAGUUGCCGACGAGAUUCUUGCCGAACGCAGCCCUGCGCGCAUCCUGCACGUCCGAGCUAAGCUCUAUGAUCUCCUCACUCAUUGCAUCCCAGCCAGCACCAUUCUGAAGACUUUGACCUUCAAGUUAAUACCAAAGAUUGAUGACGCUCUCAAGACCGAGAUCAUCAAGUGGUCGGCCUUCUACGAGCAUCGCAUCCAGAUGGGCACGAAAUAUAUCUUCCAUCUAGAAGCUUUCGUCGCUAAGGUCAUGCGCAUCGUGGAGAGUCACUUCAUGGGCAUGGACUUCGACGAUUGA